UAUAAAGUGGCCUGUUGGACAUUUUCAUCAUUUCAGUUAAAUGCGGGACGGACGCUGGUGAGCUCCAGUUUUAUUGAUGUAUUUCAACACUGCAACAGUACAACUGGGAGACGGAUGGAUUACACAUGGAGGAAAUCAGGCCCAGUCUCAUCUUUGAACCUAUCAGGGCCAUCCGGCCCUUUUACUACAAAAGGAUGGAGGUGCACUAAUCUGGAAAGGAAAAGAUGGGAUGUCCUAGCAAAAAGAGUGGAAAUAAAAUCAAAACAAGACCACAUGAAGAGAGAAACAGGAUAUGUAAAAAGAAAUAAAAUACAAUCAGGCCUGAACCCCUUUGCAAAAGGAAGGUUUUUUGCACGUUACACCGUGGGAAAGAUGCUGGGAAAAGGAGCCUUCGGCACCGUUUACGCCGGAGUUAGAAAAAUGGAUGGCAAAAAGGUGGCCAUCAAACGUACAUUAAAGGAAUUUUCGGAACAUGUUACUUUUCCCUGGGACAGUCAAAGUCUUCCUCUGGAAGUGGUACUAAUGAAGAUUGUGUGCAAGCCGCCUCGUUGUCCUUUUGUGAUAGAGCUGUUGGAAUGGUUUGAGACAGAUAUGGCCUUUAUCAUAAUCAUGGAGCAGCCUGAAUCCUGCGUUACGCUUCUCAAGUACUGCUCAGAUCUACCAAUCAUAAUGCCCGAAGUUCAGGCCAAAUCUAUCAUGAGACAAUUAGUUAAGGCUCUACACCAUUGCCACACUCGUGGUGUCUUCCACAGGGACAUAAAAUUAGACAACAUUAUCUUGAACACUCGAACCAUGCAAUUAAAGCUGAUUGAUUUUGGCUUUGGUUACAUUCGACAAAACACCACCUACACAGAAUAUGGUGACACUCCAGUUACUUUCCCAUCAGAAUGGAUCACUGAAGAUGAGAAAAGGCUGGUAUCUGCCACCGUUCGGGAACUGGGCCUACUCUUACUUGGUAUUUUUUUGGGGGGAGCAAUUAUUGUAUUUGAAGAAGACCUGUUCGGUUUCGAGAAGCAUAUGUCUAAAGCCUGCUACAGUCUAAUUAGUUGGUGUUUUAAAGGAGAUCCCAAAAAACAGCCAACUCUGAAGCAGAUCCUGACACAUGAAUGGUUUAAAGGCUAGGUCACAGAGAAGCAAGUAAGAAUAUAAAGGCAAGCUUGAAAAGAAAAGUCAGCAUACAUCAUAUGCUUGAAUGAGUACGAAGUAUUUGAAAUACAUAUUAUAUUUGAAUAAUUUAAAAUGCACAUACACGCACAAUUACAAGCACCAUCAGCACAAGUGCAUGCUCCUGUUAGGGGUCACCACAGCGGAUCAUCUGUCUUCAUGUGUGUGUGUAUAUGUAUGUGUGUGUGCGCAUAAACAUAGCAUGCAAUCUACAAUGAA